UAAUAAAUUUUCAUCUCAACAAAUCAAAUUUGGGUUUUUUAACUCAAAAUGUUUUUUUGGCAGAUAGUAUAUUUAACGCGAUGACAUGCGAGGACAUGCAGAGCUGACGGGAAUAGAAAACUGUGAGCUAAGCAUUAUAACCCCUCAAAAAAACAAAAAAACAAAAAAACACGCAGAUCCAUGGUUUUCAGAUCACAGCCCUCCCAUUUUCGAUGUAAAUUUUGACAAUGCGGACCCUCUUGAAUGCGAGGAGGAUAUCUGAUUUGAAAUUCGUGGAGUUUUAGCUGCAGAUGGACCGGGAUUUUGUUAAAAACAGUCUAGGAUUCGUGGAUUUCAGAGGCAUUUUGGUGAUUUUUAGGGGGGAGUGAUUUGAUCGGGAUUUCUUUCCGUUGGGGGUUGUUGUUGGUGUUUUUGUCGUUUUUUUUGGUGAUGGACGUGGCGGUUGAUGGUGGUUCUGUUGGGACAAUGGAGGAUUUAGGGUCUUCUGAGAGUGUGGAGAAGGUUGAGGAUACCGAGAAGAAAUACGAGAAUUCGAGAUCGGAUGUGCGAGAGAAUGGCGGUGCUGUGCAUCAGAAUGGCGAGAUUCGGGUUGAUUUGGAGGAGGAUGAUUUUCAAGGAGGGGAGACGAAUGGGGAGGGUAAUGAACGGCAAAAUGGAUAUGAUGAGAGGCAGAUGAAGGAGCUGGCAGACAUUCUUUCAAAAUUGAAUCCUAUGGCAGAGGAAUUCGUUCCGCAUUCGCUUGCCAAUGGCGUCUCUGGGCCCAAGAAAAAUGGGGGGAGCAACGGCAAUGUACGGAGAAGGAAUGGCUACAAUCAGGCUAGAAGGCGAACAAACUCCAGAAUAAGCAGAGCACAGCGUGAAGAGAGUAUUAGGAAAACAGUCUAUGUCUCAGACAUUGAUCAGCUGGUAACUGAAGAGCAACUUGCAGCCCUGUUUACAAACUGCGGACAGUUGCAGGUGGUUGAUUGUCGUGUCUGUGGUGAUCCAAAUUCGGUUCUUCGUUUUGCUUUUGUAGAAUUCAUUGAUGAGGAUAGUGCUAGAAGAGCUCUUAGCCUUUCUGGGACAGUGCUUGGAUUUUAUCCACUUCGGGUCCUCCCUUCAAAAACUGCGAUUCUUCCAGUGAAUCCAACAUUUCUUCCUGCUUCUGAAGAUGAACGGGAGUUAUGUGCUCGGACCAUCUACUGUACUAAUAUAGACAAGAAGGUUUCUCAAGUAGAUGUUAAACUAUUCUUUGAGACACUUUGUGGACCGGUUUCUCGUUUACGACUGCUGGGAGAUUAUCAGCAUCUAACUCGUAUUUCCUUUGUUGAGUUUGUUUUUGCGGAGAGUGCUAUGGCUGCAUUGAACUGUAGUGGUGCAAUUUUGGGGUCUCUGCCCAUAAGGGUAAGCCCAUCGAAGACCCCGGUGAGGCCACGCAACCCUCGUCCACUGAUCCAUUGAGCAAAAGAUCUUUACGCUGAUUCCGGAUUUUUUCUGAGCCAGGUCGUCAAAUACGACCAAUGCUCGGUUGUAAUGUUCUAGAUAACUAAUUUAUUGAGCUACAUGCAAGCCAAUUGUGGUCCUACCAAGAUGGAUAUUAUUGAAGGGGCUACUCAUGCAAAAUCUUCUCCAAACAUUUUGUCCAUUAUGAGCAGAAUAUUCAUCUGUCUAUAGUUUUCUUCGGAACUUUGAUUAUACGAGUUUGUUGCCUAGGUAGAGAUUAGAUGUCAUUCCUUUUAUCUAUCUCAUGUAAAAGAGGAGUAUGGUUACAUGUUUGCACAAGUAGAGUUGCAUGCAAAGUUUGGUAAAUUUGACUUCUUCAAGCUGAAAAUCAUACUGUAGGAGGACAUUUGCCAGUGAAUAUGGAUCUACAAAAUGCAUUCAUAAAACCCUGCAGAUGCAUUUGUCACUAAUUAUUGACAGAGUAUCAUCUGAGUCUAUUUUCUAAAUAUGAAAUUACUUUGUUGA